AGAACAUGGAUCCGCCACCAAUUAUUGAUGUGGACACAUCUCAAAGCGAUUUCUCAAACAACGAGGUGUCCUCACAGCUCCUCUACCAAGCCAAGCAGGGCAUUGAACCAAAUAAUGUGUCUAACAUCAGGAAUGAGCUAAUGCGUGGUCAACUUGGAGAACCUAAUGAGAACAACCGACCGCCGCCUGUAGAUCGUAGGGACGUUCCUGAGAAUAACGAGCUUGGAAAACUGCCCGUUCAUUCAACAUUGGACAACUUGAGCACGCUUUCUCCUGAGCCAGUUUCUACAGGCAUCGAUUCCGAAGGCAAAACCGCGAAUGAAUCAACAACACCGCUGCCGUAUCUUUUAUUAGAAAAUCCCGAUCAUUUAUGUUGGCUCAACACCAUUCUCAACAUCCUACACAAAGCGAACGGUGUUCGGGAGAAAUUUUCCACGUCCUCGACAGGUGACCCAAUAUGUGAUAGUCUUGCGAGGAUUUUCCAAGGAGUCGAAAAAUCAGCGGAAUCGCUGCGCUUGUUGCUGACUAAUACAAAAUUCCACACAGGUCCGCAAGAUGCUGCAGAAGCCCUUAUUUCUCUUAUGCAUGACUUGAAGAUGAUGAUCACGCCAGAACCGAUCCGAUUUUGCAGUGGUUGCAACACAAUUUGGAUGAGAGCCGUGGUGUGCACGCAAUGUAAAGCAACUGGGUUAACGGAAGGAUUCUUACUCACGUAUGAAGGAACACUUUUUUUGAUUUCAUGUGACAAAAUCCCUGUCUUGGCGCCGAAUCAAGAGUUCAAAAUUGGUUCAGAACGUGAUUCAAAAAUUGUUUCAGUCGGAUAUAGGCUGAAUGCGUUUGCACAAUUUAUUAGUGAAGAAAAAUUUGCGCACUAUGUCGCAUGGAUUCGAAAACCAGAAGCGAACAAGGAACCUACAACUGAAAAUAAUGAUGAGUGUGAACAUGAUAGUCAAGACAUUCAAGAAGAUAUUAAUGAGGAGCAGAGAAAAAUCAACAAUACGAAUCCCACCAUAGUGAAUAACCAGGAAGUCUACGAGUGUCAGCAGAUUGUUCCAGAAAUUCCGGCAGAAUAUCCAGCUAUCAAUCAACACAUAGACAACAAUCAAAAUGAAAAUAUCUUCGAAUAUUCGAUUGGGGAACAUUUCAUAUGCGUCGACGAUCAUCAAAUAUCAAUUGAAAAUGUUAAAUCUAUUAAAGAUUAUCAUAUCAACGUGAUGUUACUGGAGCCGUUUAAACAACCUGUCAAAUAAUUAUCUACGCUUUCCACAAUUCUCAUAAGGUCCUAGAUCUGCACGUAAGAUGAACUCUUACGGGUUUUCCAUAAAUUUUGUGUUUUUCUUAUCAACCCGAUGCUCAUAUUUAUGUAUUAUAUAUUGUAAUAAUUGCUUACUUAUUUAGUAGUACUCUAUGUAUAUUGAAAGCUGUUAAGACUUUGGGUAGUGUGUUUCACAGCAUAAUUAUUUACAAUUAGUGUCAGAUAAAACAUAAAAACAUUCCUCAUC